AUGAACAAACAUUUUACUAGUAGUAGUAGUAGUAGUAGUAGUAGUAGUAGUAGUAGUAGUAGUAGUAGCAGUAGUAGUAGUAGUAGUAGCAGUAGUAGUAGUAGUAGUAGUAGUAGUAGUAGUAGCAGUAGUAGUAGUAGUAGUAGUAGUAGUAGUAGUAGUAGUAGUAGUAGUAGUAGUAGUAGUAGUAGUAGUAGUAGUAGUAGUAAUUAUUCAAUUAUUUCGAAGUAUUCACAGCAAAAUAUCUUAGUUUAUUGA